AUGACUACCGCAGCGGAAUGGUUGUUCCUUCGCCAUCGAACAAUCGACUUGCAAGCUUCGAUUGAAUUAUUGUGGCCGAACCUAGAAACCAGACCGUAUCACAUUGAAAGGGCUGUAUUGAACGAAGCAAAGGGCAUUCUUCUGGAAAUUCUGUCUACAUGCGACGAAUGGCAAAAUUCAAAAUCACAUGACUCUCGCUUUACCAAUAUCGUUGGACAAGAUGAUGUUAUGGCUAGCUGUCAGGCAGAGCUCUCAAAUAGGGUGCGGGGCUUGGAAAAUGAAUUGGCGCUUCAAUACGAGAUUCUUUACCCUGUGGAAUCCGUGGAUGAAAGUCAAUAUGAAGUCGCCCCAGUCCUUCAAAAACUUCGUUAUUCUGGAGAGCCGGAAGCGCCAAUCGGUUCAGGCCACGAUCCGAAGGCACAUGUGACAUCUAUUGGACCGAAAGACACCGAAAGAGACGGCAAGGUCGAGCUCGAUCCAACACAAGCUCUUGAAACAGAAAUUGCAGUGUGGUUCCGAGGCAUACCGGCAGCAGCUUCAACCGUGCAGAUAUCAGGCAUACUCGACACAACUUCGGAAAAGAAUUUAAUAGCCCAGAGGACCGCAUUCAAAGAACACAUAUGGACGACAGACCAAGAGCACAAAAUAGAGAAGCCACAAUCAUUUCGUGGAAGGCGAGGGGUGCGUUUCGAUGCAAAGAGCAAGGUCUCUUUGACAUGGUGUCCAGAAGGCUCUGAGAAAUGGGUGACCAGUGAAUUCUUCAUAGUGGACAGCGAUGAACCUGUAGCAGUUUUCGGGAGAGAGUUCGUAGAUUUCCAAGGAAUUUUCCACGAUCUCGACAUGAGCAUAUCACCAUUUCGGCUUCCCUGGAUCAAGUCGACUCGUGCUCAAAAACAAGAACGACAAAAAAGAGAUGAAGAGAUAAGGCAAGAUAAUCUGGAGCUUCACAGGAAGGCUCAAGCCGCGGAUCGCCUUGAACGGCAACCGCAAAUGAGUGCUUCCCCAGCACUUUCUCCACUAUCUGCAACUACGACAAGUGCGGCUGGUGGUAGUUCAGUGUCUUCGGGGACGGCGACACCGGCAGAGAUAGCACCAACGCCGGGAUCAAUGGCGAUUGCUUCUGUACCUAGAAUUGUGGUGCAAAAUCAGGGUCCACCACCAGUAGAGAGUGGAUCUGGUGUCUGA